CUGAAACCCUUCCUCCUCACUGCCGGAAACCUUCGCCUACUUCACUUCCCGCCAUCGAGCCCCAGCGAUACAGUCGCGAUUAGAGAAACUGGGAAGGCAACGACGGGAUCACGGCGUACACAGACCCGAAAUUCCCAUCUUUCUCCUCCUUCCUCUCCGCUACUAAACCGGAAGCUUGCCACUUCCAUCGAUCCAUCCGGCACAGCAUUCGAGUUCCUGAUUUAUUAACCAAGAGGGAAUUCUCUUAAAGUUCCUAUUGCGAGGCGCUGGUAAAAAUUUCAUCAUCAUGAGUAAGUUCUUGUUGGGAGACAAUUUGUGCAAAUACCCCUUAGCUAAGUGGCAGAAUCAUAAGCUGAAUACAAGAAUACAUUGCACAUAAAAUGUAAAUUUAGUGGGUGCAAUCGAAAUGCUAGGAUUGCUGAGAACUUCCUUAUCUUUUUUGAAUGGAAGUAUCUGUCUUCACCAAUUUAUUUUUCAUUUUCAAAAAAGAUGGAAGAAGCCAGUUGAUUCAGCACAAACACGCCUGGAAAACAGGACAAGAGAUCCUCAGCUUGACAAACUUCUGAAACAGAUCAAAAAGUUAAAGUUGAUUUUACGGUUGCAUGAAUUGAUGUCACGAAGGACAACUUCCCACACCUCUCUUCAACUUGUUUCUCGAUGGACUAAUAUUGUUGGGUUGAAUGUGGGAAUUGGAGUAUUCAUUCAAAAACACCCUCGUAUUUUUGAGGUUUAUACUCAUCCUGUUAAAAGGCAUCUUUGCUGUAGGAUUAGCCAAGAGAUGUUAAAUUUGAUUGAAGAGGAAGCUCUGGUCCUUAACCAAUCUGAAAUGGUUGCUGUGCAACGUUUAAAGAAGCUUCUUAUGAUGUCUAAGAAUGGCAGGCUGCACGCCCAUUCUUUAUGGCUUGUAAGAACAGAAUUUGGGUUACCUGAUGAUUUCAGAGCGUCAAUUAUCAGCAAAUAUCCUGAAGCUUUCAGAUUAGUUCAACCUGAUACUGUAGAGUUAGUUGAUAAAGAUGACAAUCUUACUACUGCUGAUAUCGAGAAAUGGAGGGAGAGCGAGUAUAAGGAAAAAUGGCUAAGUGAAUAUGAAACCAGGUAUGCUUUCCCAAUUCAAUUUCCAACGGGUUUUAAGAUUGAGAAGGGUGACAGAGAAAACCUUAAAACUUGGCAAAGACUGGCUUACCUUAAGCCUUAUGAUCAUAAUGAAGCCAAUUGUGGUGGGAUUGAGCGCUUUGAGAAACGUGCUGUCGGUAUUCUUCAUGAAUUCUUAAGCAUGACCGUGGAGAAGAUGGUUGAUAUUGAAAGAUUAGCUCACUUCAGAAAGGAUUUCAAUAUGACCGUUAAUCUUAGAGAGCUUCUUCUGAAACAUCCUGGGAUUUUUUACAUUUCAAAUAAAGGAAAUUCACUGACUGUUUUUCUAAGAGGAAAAUAUGCCAAAAAUUUUUUGUUGGAGCCUAAUCCCAUAUAUCUAGUUCGGCGAAAAAUGUUGGAUCUUGUUUUGUUGCAGUGCAGAUUUUCUAAGAGGGAACAGCCUUUGAAGGAGCUAAACUUAUGACUAGUUGAGCUGCAUUGAAUUUAUAUCUUUCUUAGGAUGUUCGGAAAAUUUUUAUUUCUAGAUUUUUAAUGAUGUGUGUAACUAAUUAAUUUGUUCUGGCUUUGAAGAAAAGUUUUAUUGAUUGCUGAU